AAAGAUGUUUCUUAUAUUUCAAUACAUAUAAUAAUAAAUAUAUAUUAUUCGCAAAUAUACUGCUAACGUUAAUGAACGUUCACUAAAGUCUAUAGAACUAUACUUCCCAACCAUAUUUUGUCAGUCAAUAUAUAUCUAGAUAUAGAUGAAGAUUGCUAUUCAACUAUAUUCUUUAUUCGUAAAGAUCCCAAAACCUGUUUGGAGAAGUUCUGCAUAUAAUUUUCGAUAUACAGCAAAAUAUUCUAAUAAAAUGGCCGACAUAACAGCGCUUUUAUUAAUAUUCGAUGGAUCGGAGGAAAUGGAAGCUGUAAUAACGGCAGAUGUUUUGCGUCGUGGCGGAGUUUGUGUUACCAUAGCAAGUUUGGGUGAUAAUGAAUGUGUUAAGUGUAGUCGUGAGGUAAAAAUUUGUGCAGACACUACACUUGCUAAUGUGAGUGAGAAAGAAAAGUAUGAUGUUAUCAUACUACCUGGAGGACUUGGUGCUGCAAGAGCAUUCGCAGAGUCAGCUGAAGUUGGUAAACUAUUAAAGAAACAAGAAAAAGGAAACAGACUUAUAGCUGCUAUCUGCGCAGCUCCAAUUGCUUUAAAAUCUCAUGGUAUUGGAAAAGGAAAAAGACUUACUUCAUAUCCAGCGAUGAAAAAUCAAUUGACCAAUGGUUACGAAUACUCAGAAGAUCGUGUAGUGGUGGAUGGCAAUCUAAUUACAAGUAGAGGUCCUGGAACAGCCUUUGCAUUUGGCUUGGCUCUUAUUGAAAGAUUAGUAAGCAAAGAAACGGCUGUUACCGUAGCGAAAGGAAUGUUAUAUGAAGAUUACAAGUACAAAUUAUAAGUACAUUAAUGGUAGUUAACAACUACUAUAAAACAUUGUCGACAGGUUCACAAAUAUAUUAUAAGCAUUAUAAUAAAUAUAAUUUAUUAUUAUAAUAAAUAUAUUUAUUAUUACCAAAUAAA